AUGUACAACGCAACGGCUGGCGAAUGCGCGCCGGACAGCUCAAGCAUCCUCACGGUGCUCAGCACGGCACCGGCAGUAGACACCACCUUCAGUCCCGUCAUCUCCCAGCGCCUCCUCGUCAUGAUCGUCGACUACCCGGAUUGCGGCUUGCCGGCGAACCUCACCGAGAAUGACGCCCGCACAAUUUACCUAGGGCCCAACCAAGACGGCAAGGGGGGCAUUGCUGAAAAGUACACACAGUGCUCGUACGGCAGGUUCGGACUAAAUGUUACGGCAUUUCGUGCGGUGCGUGUGCCGCACAUGUGUUCGACGUCGAUUACGUCCCAGUGCGCCUAUUACGCGAUUCAGUCCCUGGCGGACACAGCCACGAAGGCUCUUAUAGGCGCUGCGGCCUUCUCAACCUUCACCCACUACACCUACUUGCUGCCGCCGGGCCUGGCGCCGGCGUGCACCUGGUCGGGUCUGGCACUGCUACCUGGCCGCACCACCUGGCUGCAAACGGCGCAGCCCCGCGGGGUCAACAGAUGGGCGACGGUCAUGCAGGAGGCCAUACACAACUACGGUCUCUGGCACUCUUGGCAGAACGGCACAGAGUACGGCGACUACUCCACAGCUAUGGGUCGCGGCAACGCUUGCCCCAACUCUGCGGAGAUCUCCCGCAUGGGCUGGGCCACACCCGCGGUCGGAGGUGACCAGCUGAACAGCAGUGCCUUGCCGCCAGGCACUACGAAAUCCUUUGUGCUGCCUGCCACCUACCUCACCGGCAGCAACAACUACCUGCGUGUCAUACCUGACUGGCUGCCCACCUACACCAACUUCUCCCUGGGCCGAAACCUUUACAUCGCUGUCCGAGUGGCAAAGAGCGGCGAUGCCAGCCUGAUUUCCACUUACGCGUCCAAGGUUAACAUUCAUGAAGUGAAUGCAGUGCUAGAUAAUGGAUAUCCAGCCCUCUAUUCGAGCGCUGAUCGCAUAAUCUCUUUCAUCAAUGCCGUCGGGCCUCUGGAUCAACGUGUACUGGAUGCUUACAAGCUAGUCGUGUACGGCGGACCUUGGAUUGCCACGGACUACUUGAGGGUCCACCUUUGCCGCUAUGUGACAUCACCCUCGGAAUGCCCUCCCCUGAACGCGCUGGAGGCUGUGCCGCCGCCGCCUUCACCGCCGCCGUCACCCGGGCCCUCGCCUCCACGGCCGCCUGGUUUCGUUAGUUCGCCGCCUCCGAGCCCUCCGCCACCAAGCCCACGGCCACCUCCCCCUGUACCCCUAUCCCCAAGCCCGCCGCCGCAACGCCCGCCGCCACCAAGCCCGUCGCCGCUGCGGCCGCCGCCACCCAGGCCGUCAUCACCACCUCCACCGUCCCCUCCACCGCCCCGACCGUCCAGUAAGUUCCCUCGUCAAUAG